AUGGAUGCAGAAAGCUCUCCUCCAUCACCUGCAAAACACCCUUCAUUACCUCUCUUCAUUUUCCUUGGUGGGAUCAUACUGCUCCUUUUACUGAUCUUCAUACUCAUCUCUCGAAAAGUGAUCAAACGCACGAAACAGCGACCAGUAACAAGAGAUAUUGUAAGUGGAAGUCUUCGUACGAUUAGCUAUUUCAACUUCGAGACAUUGAAGAAGGCUACCAAGAACUUCGACCAGUUGAAUGUUCUCGGAAGAGGUGGAUUUGGCCCUGUCUACUUGGGAAAGUUGGCCGAUGGAAGGCUGGUUGCUGUGAAAAAGCUGGCGUUCGAGAAGUCUCAGCAGGGAGAAUCAGAAUUCCUUUCUGAGGUGCGGAUGAUCACGAGCAUACAGCACAAGAAUCUAGUUCGGCUUCUGGGUUGCUGUUCUGAUGGGGCGCAACGGCUUCUUGUCUAUGAGUACAUGAAAAACAGGAGUCUAGACCUUAUUGUUUAUGGGAAAAAAGACAUAUUAUUGAACUGGGGCACGCGAUUUCAAAUCAUUCUCGGGAUUGCUCGAGGCCUACAAUAUCUCCAUGAAGAUUCACACAUCAGAAUCAUACACCGGGACAUUAAAGCUAGCAACAUUCUCCUUGAUGAUAGAUUUCAACCUAGAAUAGGCGACUUUGGCCUCGCGAGGUUUUUCCCAGAGGAUCAAGCGUAUCUCAGUACCGCAUUUGCUGGAACCUUAGGCUACACUGCACCCGAAUACGCCAUCAGAGGGGAGCUAUCUGAAAAGGCGGACAUAUACAGCUUCGGAGUUCUGGUGCUUGAGAUUAUCAGCUGCAGGAGAAACACUGACUUAACUUUGCCAUCAGAGAUGCAAUACCUUCCAGAAUAUGCAUGGAAGCUAUGCGAGAGGUCCAUGCUGACUGAUCUCAUAGAUUCGAGAAUACAAAGAGAUGGCUUCGUUGAGAAGGAUGUAUUGCAUGCUGUUAGAGUGGCUUUCCUAUGCCUUCAACCGGAAGCCAAUCAAAGGCCACCAAUGUCUGAAAUUGUAGCAAUUCUAACUUGCAAGGUUGAACUAGAGACAAUGCCUUCAAAGCCGGCCUUUUUGGAUAGGAAGAAGAGGAACGACGAGAAGAUUUCGUUUGACUCAAUAUUGGAGCCUUUCCCAUCUCCGAUAAGGAGUGACUCUCCUUCCUUCCCUCGGCAUCUAAAGUAA